AUGGAGGACACCGGCGUUCAAAGGGGUAUAUGGGAUGGAGACGCCAAGGCAGUCCAGCAAUGUUUGACGGAUAUUUUCACCAGUGUUUACACCACCUGCGAUAUCCCGGAAAAUGCGAUCUUCGGCCCUUGUGUAUUGAGCCACACUUCUUUGUAUGACAGCAUCGCUUUCAUAGCGCUUAAAUCCACUGACAAGAGAACCGUCCCUUAUAUAUUCCGGGUGGACACUUCCGCAGCAAAUGGCUCCUCCGAAGGGCUAAUGUGGCUCCGUCUGGUCCAGUCAGCCAGAGAUAAAGAAGAACAGAACCUUGAAGCUUACAUCAAAAAUGGACAAUUGUUUUAUCGGUCCCUUCGCAGGAUUGCCAAAGACGAGGAGUUAUUAGUUUGGUAUGGGAAAGAACUGACGGAAUUACUGUUGCUCAACACCGCCAGAUCCCACAGCAAGAUGAACGGGUCGCCCCCGUACGCUUGCCUGGAGUGCAGCCAGCGUUUCCAGUUCGAGUUCCCCUACGCGGCCCACCUGCGGUUCCGCUGCCCCAAGAGACUGCCCAGCUCGGAGCCCAGCCCCGCCGAGGAGCCGCGCGGCAAGGACAGCAGCAAGGAGCCGGCGGCCAGCCUGGGGCCCGGGCCCAACAAGUACUGCAAGCCCGGCGGGCCGCUCCACCCGCACUACCCCAGCCCCGCCCAGGACAGCAGCAACGCCAAACCCUCCACGGACUUCCACAACCUGGCCCGCGAGCUGGAGAACUCCCGGGCCGGCGGCAGCUCCCCCAGCCGCAGCCCGCACCCCCCGUCCGGCGCGGGCAGCAAAGCCAAGCGGAAAUACCCGGAGGAGCCGGGCGAGGAGCGGGGCCAGGGGGCCGGCAGGGGGCGCCUGCCCUCCUCCCCCAAGGAGGACCUGGUGUGCACCCCGCAGCAGCAGUACCGGCCGGCGGGCAGCUACUUCGGCCUGGAGGAGAGCGGCCGCCUCUUCGGGCCGCCCAGCCCGGAGACGGGCGAGGCCAAGCGCAGCGCCUUCGUGGAGGUGAAGAAAGCCUCGCGCGGGCUGGAGGCCGAGGCGGCGGCGGAGGAGGCGGCGGCGGAGCAGCAGCAGCAGCGCACCUCGCCCGCCGGCGCCGGGGACCCGCUGCUGGGCGCCCGGCCGGGCGGGCCGCUCUCCGGGGGCAGCCCGGCGCGGGGCAGCGCCUUCACCACGGUGCCGCAGCUGGGCGGCAAGGCGGAGGAGCGGAAAAGCGCCUUCUCCCAGCCCGCCCGCUCCGCCUUCCCGCCGCACGUGGCGCCGCUGGGGCUGGCCCCGAAGCUGGGCAGCCUGGGCGAGCCCUGCCCGGAGGCCGCCGCCCGCCUCUACCCGCCCGACCCGCUGGCCGCCAAGCUGCCCGGCGGCGCCGAGCUGCCCGGCGCCGGCGGGGCGCCCAAGCAGAGCCCCUUCCUCUACGCCACCGCCUUCUGGCCCAAGAGCUCGGUGGCGGCGGCGGCCGGGCCGCUCCAGCUGCAGCUGCCCUCGGCCCUGACCCUGCUGCCGCCCUCCUUCACCUCGCUGUGCCUGCCGGCCCAGAACUGGUGCGCCAAGUGCAACGCCUCCUUCCGCAUGACCUCCGACCUGGUGUACCACAUGCGCUCGCACCACAAGAAGGAGUACGCCAUGGAGCCGCUGGUCAAGCGCCGCCGCGAGGAGAAGCUCAAGUGCCCCAUCUGCAACGAGUCCUUCCGCGAGCGCCACCACCUCUCCCGGCACAUGACCUCCCACAACUGA